GAAAGAAGAAAACCCAGACAAGAAGCUACUUGAACGACAAUCGGCCAACCAUGGCGAAUGUCGAGCCGUCGGCAGAUUCGUACGUCUGCCACGUCGCCGACGCCCCAACGUCCCAUCAACACAAACGAGGCAGCGCCGACGAUUUCGUGAUAAGCGCAGACGCCUAUCUCCUCCCCCCGCCCUCGCAUGACGCGUCGCACCGUUAUUCGUCCCCGCACGCGCUGACAGAGACGAGCCCCACCUCGCUUCCAGGCGCCCACGAGCCGGAGCACCCGCAGCCCGCGACGUACGUGUCCAAUGCGCUGCGGGUGCAGCACUUGGAGGAGCUGGAUGAGCGUACCGCAGACAACUCCGCCGUCGGGCGCGCCUCGCUGCUCGCGGUGGAAAGCUGUCCACCCUCCUCGCGCGCCUCUCCGCAGCAACAAAGUGGUCCUCGCCACAAUCUGUCACAGGCACGGCCAAACGUAAAGGCCGGCAACAAGAGAGACGACGUGGCAGCGCCGACGGGCCGCGCUGCUCCCACCGCCCCAGCUGCAGAUGCUCUCAUGACUGCAUUCGCCACGGACAUCCUGGAGGACGACGUGGCUUCGCCUGAUCACCCGACGAGUCUCACGUCAGAGGGUCUUUCUGCCUCGAAGGGCCGCACUACGAAGAAGCCAACGAUCGACGCAGAGGAGUACCCUCGUCCGCUGUCGCAUCCAGCGGAGGAUCGCGUGCGGGGGUACUCCAUGACGCAGGUUCCGUCCUCCGCCGAGGACGGUUCCUCCACCAGCGGGUACGAAGACGUUCGUCCACAGCUGCUUCCGCCCAUCGUGCACGCGGUACCACCGUGCAGCGGCGCAGCCGAAAUAGGAAAUGACAAGAACUCCCCAGCGAGUUCGACGCCGCACGGGCGUUCGCCUGCUUCUCUCACCCGCGGAGAGAACGCACCAUACACAACAAGGGAGAGCGACGCCCUUGUCACGGCGGAAAGCGAAGAUUCCUCUAGCCUCACGACGUACGGGGGAGAAAACUCGAUGAGGGAGCUGGUGAGCCAUGUUGAUCACGACUCCUUCGGCUUCGAGCUCCGCGAGGCUCUACAGGCGAUCGAUUUCGCAGCUGUGCUCGACGAGUACCGCCGAAACAGCAGUGUCGAGAGCAACGCGCUGCACGACUGCCGGCGUCUCUUUCGCGUGCUCUCGAUGAGGAAGGAUGCGCUGAGCGCCGAGGACGUGUACGACCUGCUCGUGCUCUUCACUCCGUGUGGUGCGGCGUUCCGCGAAGGCGUCGACUUUUUGUGGGAGAACUGCGAGGGCAAGUCGAGUCUUUCCUUUGAGAACUUCCUUCUCUACGGACCCCGUCUGCGCGCGCGUCUACACGGCUACGAGCUGUUUAGUAAGCUGACAGAUCACGACAAGCUUAUCGUGACGCAUCGCCGUGUGCUGCCCGCCGCACCGUCAGUGGAGGCGAACGUCGCUCGUCUGCAGCUCCUGCAGCUGGCGGAGGAGCAGCUGCAAGGCAACAUGCGGCCGCAGUCACGACCAUUCCGACUGUAUGAAGAAAUUUUUCUGGUGGAGUAUCAGAAUUUUCUCUCUGAGCUGGCGUUGAUCCCCACCGGCGAUGUGCCACAGUGGGUGCCGGAUGGUGACUUUGCCCACGAGCAGCGCCAGACGCUUCCGCAGCUUUCCAUGCCGCUGCUGCAGAAGGAAAGUAUGGGCUGGGGCGCAGACGGCCGUGAGGCCUGCAACGAUGACGGCGGUGACCACGAAGGGCUCUACGCGGCUUCUGCGGGACCGGCGGACGACCGACCUUUUGUGGUGCCCUACAGCGAAAGUGAGGCGGCGCCCAGUGCGACUUCGCCAGUGUACCGCGACGCGAACAGCAGCGGCCGUGGGCUGCAGUCGCCGCGUGCGCGGGAAAAGCCGAGCGGCCGCAGGCCGUCGCCCGGUAUGAAAGGAGCGGCCACCAGUCGGAAGACGAAGACGUGGGACGGGACCGGCAAUCCUUUUGGCUCCCGCACUGCACGCCACGGGAAGAGUCUGGCGGUCACGAUGCAGGGGCGGCCGCGCACCGAUAUGCGGAAGAAUUUAGGCCGCUUCGUGGAGGAGGAGUACUGGGAGCGGCGCACGCUGGACGACUACCUCAUUACCCAGCUCCAGGAGAUGUACAGUACGGAGUAG